CCGCAUUUAUUGUGCUCUCUCCUUGACGCCGCUUCAGAGAUGGCUCUCCGAGUCCGACGGGCUCCUGACCGCGUCCCGUUAACGCUCUCACAGUUCUGGUGACUUUUUCCGAACCGUUCGGACUUCGGUAGCGGAUCUUUCUGCCUGCGCGGUGUCGUUCUGUGACUUAUUUCGCGCUGCCUAACUGCUAAACUGGCCGGCCCGGCGGUUGUAAACAUUAGCUAGCCUGCUGGCUGGCGGCUCGUUCUUCCCGGGCUACCCGGCUCCCCGCUCCUGCUAAGAUGGCCACCAUGGAGAAGCUGAUGAAGGCCUUCGAGUCGCUCAAGUCUUUCCAGCAGCAGCAAGGCCCCCUGUCUGCGGAGGAGCUCGUCCAGAAGCAGAAAAAAGACCUCGCUACAACCAAAAAGGACCGAGUGACUCAUUGCUUGACGAUAUGUGAGAACAUCGUAGCGCAAUCUCUGAGGACUUCUCCAGAGUUCCAGAAACUACUAGGAAUCGCCAUGGAAAUGUUCCUGCUGUGCAGCGACGACAAGGAGUCCGAUGUGAGGAUGGUGGCAGACGAGUGCCUGAACAAAAUAAUUAAAGCGUUAAUGGAUUCCAACUUGCCUCGACUGCAGCUUGAGCUGUACAAAGAGAUUAAAAAGAACGGUGCCUCUCGGAGCCUGCGGGCAGCCCUGUGGAGGUUUGCUGAACUCGCUCACCUUGUGCGUCCGCAGAAAUGCAGACCAUACCUGGUGAACCUGUUGCCGUGCCUGACGCGGAUCACCAAGCGGCAGGAGGAGACGGUGCAGGAAACUUUGGCCUCCUCGAUGCCUAAAAUCAUGGCUGCCCUUGGACACUUUGCCAACGAUGGGGAGAUCAAGGUGCUUCUAAAAGCCUUUGUGGCGAAUCUGAAGUCCUCUUCUCCCACUAUUCGGCGCACAGCGGCCAGUUCUGCUGUCAGUGUGUGUCAGCACUCGCGCAGAACAAACUACUUCUACACCUGGCUCCUCAACGUGCUGCUAGGCCUUGUGGUUCCAGUGGAUGAUGAGCACUCCAGCCACCUGAUUCUGGGUGUGUUACUGACAUUGCGCUACCUGAUGCCCCUUCUGCAGCAGCAGGAUGCUAGCACCAGCCUGAAGGGCAGCUUUGGUGUCAUGCGUAAAGAGGCAGACAUCUCCCCUACACCUGAACAGCUCAUACAGGUGUACGAGCUGACGCUCCACUACACACAGCACCGCGAUCAUAAUGUGGUGACUGCUUCUCUCGAGCUUCUUCAGCAGCUGUUCCGUACUCCUUCUCCUGAGCUCCUACACACACUUAUAACUCCUGGCAACAUCAGACACACGAGCGUCUUCAGAGAGGAGGCGGAGAGCCGCGCUCGCAGCGGAAGCAUCCUCGAGCUCAUUGCUGGUGGAUCGACGUCCAGUCCACUCAUCCUCAGGAAGCAGAAAGGUAAACUGAUGUCCGGUGAAGAGGAAGGUCUAGAGGAUGACCCUGAGAGGGCAGAGGUCACCACAGGCUCCUUUUCAGCCUCAGUGGGCAGUGAAAGCACCAGCGAUGCCCCGUCCUCCUCCGGUGUGUCCUCCCUCGGUCCGGCCGACAUCAUCACAGAGCAACCACGAUCUUCGCAGCACGCUCUGCAGCCGGGCGAUUCGGUGGACCUGAGUGCUUCAGAGCAGGGGGUUGGGCCUGACACACCAGAUGAGGAAGAUGAGGAGGACAUGUUGAGCCGCAGCUCGAGUGGUGUCACUGGGGCCAUCGGCACCGCUGCUGACCUCCUUGCCGAGACCAAUCAGGCUUCCUCGGGCCCGGCUUCGUCCUCGCCACCCAGCGACAGCUCCCAGACUACCACGGAGGGACCAGACUCCGCCGUGACUCCUUCGGACUGCGCUGAGCUCGUCUUGGAUGGCAGUGAGAGUCAGUACUCGGGGAUGCAGAUAGGCACUCUGCAGGAUGAGGAAGAGGAGGGAGUGGCUGCAGCCCCUGGUGAAGCUCUGGAGCCUUUCUCUGGGGCUGUGCUGGCACUGAGUAAACCUCACCUGCUGGAGGGAAAAGGUCACAACAGGCAAGCUUCUGACAGCAGUGUGGAUCGCUUUAUACCAAAGGAUGAGGUUCUGGAGCCUUCAGACCUCGAUAAUAAGCCAUCUAGGAUUAAGGGAGAGAUUGGCUAUUAUACAGACCCAACGGAGGCGCCUCUGAUCCACUGUGUCCGUCUGCUGUCUGCCUCCUUCCUGCUCACCGGCCACAGAAAUGGGCUGGUUCCUGAUAAGGAGGUCCGUGUGAGCGUGAAGGCCUUAGCUGUUAGUUGUGUAGGUGCAGCAGCAGCUCUUCUUCCAGAGGCUUUUUUUAAUAAGCUCUACCUGGAGCCCCUGGAUGGACAGCAACCGGAGGAGCAGCAGUACAUCAGUGACAUCCUGCACUACAUUGAGCACGGGGACCCUCAGAUCAGAGGAGCUACAGCCAUAUUGUGCGGAGCUUUGAUCCAAGCCGUCUUGCUCAAGACUCGCUUCACUACAGAGCCGUGGCUCUCCUGCCUCCACAGCACCACUGGAAACCCUGUGUCUCUGGAGGACUUUGUGCCCUUGCUGCAGCGCAGUCUAAAGGAUGAGUCCUCAGUGACAUGCAAAAUGGCCUGCUCAGCUGUGAGGCAUUGUAUCAUGGCUUUGUGCAGCAGUAGUUUUAGUGAACUGGGUUUGCAGCUUCUUAUCAACCUCUUGGCCCUGAGAGAUUGCUCCUACUGGCUGGUCCGUACUGAGCUGCUGGAAACUCUGGCUGAGGUGGACUUUCGGUUAGUGUGUUUCCUGGAGAGAAAAACAGAGAAGUUGCACAGAGGAGAGCAUCACUACACUGGGUUGUUGCGGCUGCAGGAAAGAGUGUUAAAUGAUGUAGUGCUUUACUUGUUGGGAGACGAUGAUCCAAGAGUGCGGCAUGUUGCUGCUUCUACCAUUAGCAGGCUGGUGUCCAGGUUGUUCUAUGACUGUGACCAGGCCCAGGCAGAUCCAGUGGUGGCUAUUGCUCGUGACCAGAGCAGUGUGUACUUGCAGCUUCUGAUGCAUGAGACUCAGCCUCCCUCCCAGUUUACUGUCAGCACAAUCACACGGACGUAUCGAGGCUACAGCCUAUCACCAAGUGUGGCAGAUGUCACAGUGGAAAACAACUUGUCUAGGGUGAUCACUACCAUCUCUCAUGCCCUCACCUCCUCCACCUCCAGAGCUCUGACUUUUGGCUGCUGUGAGGCCCUUUGCCUGCUCUCCUCUACUUUUCCGGUGUCCACCUGGAGCACAGGAUGGCACUGUGGCUUUGUCAGCUCACCUGUGUUCCACUCCACCCGCUCCAGCCAGUACCGUGCCCGUGGACGCUCCUUCAGUCUUUCUCAGUCUGGCACCGGCGAGGAGAGUCGCAGGACUCUCACUGUGGGCGUUGCCAGCAUGGUACUGUCCCUGCUCUCUUCUGCCUGGUUCCCACUGGACCUCUCUGCCCAUCAGGACACCUUGCUGCUGGCCGGAAACUUAAUUGCUGCUGCUGCUCCAAAGUGCAUGAAGAGUCCCUGGUCUGGUGAAGAGGAGUCCAGCUCUACCCCCUCCAAACAGGAAGAGGCGUGGCCUGCCCUUAGUGACCGCUCCCUGGUUGUUAUGGUGGAGCAGCUGUUCUCUCACCUUCUGAAGAUCCUCAACAUCUGUGCACAUGUGCUGGACGACACAUCCCCAGGCCCUGCUGUCAAGGCCACUUUGCCCUCUUUGGCCAACACCCCAUCACUGAGCCCAAUAAGGCGAAAGGGCAAAGAGAGAGAAAUUUCUGAGCCCAGCACAACCCCCAUGAGCCCAAAGAAAGGAGGGGAGACUAAUGCAGGUAGACCAGCAGAAAGCACAGGAACAGUUCCAGUGAGCAAAUCCACCUCAGUGGGCAGCUUCUACCACCUGCCCCCUUACUUGAAGCUGUAUGAUGUGCUAAAAGCCACUCAUGCCAACUAUAAAGUAACGCUGGACCUCCACAGUACAAAUGAGAAAUUUGGCAGCUUCUUGCGUUCAGCCCUUGAUGUUUUGUCCCAGCUGUUGGAGCUGGCCACCCUGCACGACAUUGGCAAGUGUGUGGAGGAAAUCUUGGGCUAUCUAAAAUCCUGCUUCUCACGUGAACCUACGCUGUCCACCGUGUGUGUACAACAGCUGCUGAAGACCCUCUUUGGGACGAACCUGGCCUCCCAAUACGAUGGGGCCUCCUCCCAUCCAUGCCGAUCUCAGGGAAAGGCCCUGCGUCUGGGCUCAUCCAGCUUGAGACCAGGCCUCUACCACUACUGCUUCAUGGCACCGUACACACACUUUACACAGGCUCUCGCAGACGCCAGUUUAAGGAACAUGGUGCAAGCCGAACAAGAGCAAGAUGCGUCAGGAUGGUUUGACGUGAUGCAGAAAGUGUCCAAUCAGCUGAGGUCCAGCAUCACCAACGUAACACGCCAUCGAGGAGACAAGAAUGCCAUCCACAACCACAUUCGCCUGUUUGAGCCGUUGGUGAUCAAAGCGCUGAAGCAGUACACCACCAGCACCUCUGUGGCUCUGCAGAGACAAGUACUGGACCUGCUUGCUCAGUUAGUGCAGCUCAGAGUCAACUAUUGCUUGCUUGAUUCAGAUCAGGUGUUCAUUGGCUUUGUGCUGAAGCAGUUUGAGUAUAUUGAGGUGGGGCAGUUCAGGGAUUCUGAGGCAAUCAUUCCCAAUAUUUUCUUUUUUCUGGUGCUGCUGUCGUACGAGCGGUAUCACUCCAAACAGAUCAUCAGCAUUCCAAAGAUUAUUCAGCUUUGUGAUGGCAUCAUGGCCAGUGGCAGAAAAGCAGUUACCCAUGCAAUACCCGCCCUGCAGCCUAUAGUGCAUGACCUUUUUGUGCUCCGGGGCUCCAAUAAGGCUGAUGCAGGCAAAGAGCUGGAGACCCAAAAAGAGGUGGUUGUGUCCAUGCUUCUGCGACUUAUACAGCACCACCAGGUCUUGGAGAUGUUUAUCCUGGUCCUACAGCAGUGUCAUAAGGAGAAUGAAGAUAAAUGGAAGAGGUUGUCACGGCAGAUUGCUGACAUAAUCCUGCCAAUGAUUGGCAAACAACAGAUGCACCUGGAUUCUCCUGAAGCAUUAGGAGUGCUGAACACAUUGUUUGAGACCGUGGCUCCGUCAUCUCUGAGACCAGUGGACAUGCUCCUGAAGAGCAUGUUCGUCACCCCUUCCACAAUGGCAUCAGUCGGCACAGUGCAGCUUUGGGUGUCUGGUAUUCUGGCAAUCCUUCGUGUGCUCAUCUCCCAGUCCACAGAGGACAUCAUUCUGUCCCGUGUCCAGGAGCUGUCUCUGUCUCCAUAUCUUCUCUCCUGUCCUGCCAUCUGCCGUCUUCGCAAUGAUGACCCUUUACCUCCAACUGUCCCGACAAGUGCUGCAGUAGAGACUAAUGGAGAACCACAGCGCUUCCCGCCCGAAGAGACUUUUGCCAGAUUCCUUUUGCAGUUGGUUGGAGUGUUAUUAGAUGAUAUAUCUAGUAAGCAGGUGAAAGUGGAUAUGUCUGAACAGCAGCACACUUUCUACUGCCAGCAACUGGGCACUCUUCUCAUGUGUCUCAUCCACAUCUUCAAAUCAGGAAUGUUCCGGCGGAUCACGGCUGCUGGCAGCCGUCUGCUGAAGGCGGAGGGGGGUGAGGCAGGCAGUUUCUACCCUCUGGAGGGGCUUAAUGGUCUGGUGCUGCAGCUCAUCACCACGCACCCUUCCUUAGUGCUACUCUGGUGCCAGGUGCUGCUCAUAAUUAACUACACCAACUACACGUGGUGGUCUGAAGUGCACCAAACACCUAGGAGACACAGUCUGUCCAGCACCAAAUUGCUGAGUCCUCACUCCUCCGGAGAGGGAGAGAUGGAGAAGCCGGAGGGGAAGCAGGCCAUGUGCAACAGAGAAAUUGUGCGCAGAGGAGCACUCAUCCUCUUCUGUGACUAUGUGUGUCAGAACCUGCAUGAUUCAGAGCACUUAACCUGGCUGACGGUGAAUCAUGUCCGGGAUCUGAUCAGUCUGUCUCAUGAGCCGCCUGUGCAGGACUUCAUCAGUGCAGUGCAUCGCAACUCCGCAGCUAGUGGACUCUUCAUCCAGGCCAUCCAGUCCCGCUGUGAAAACCUUUCUACACCAGUGAUGUUAAAGAAGACUCUACAGUGUUUAGAGGGGAUUCACCUUAGUCAGUCUGGCUCGCUGCUCAUGCUUUAUGUGGACAAGCUGCUGAACACACCCUUCCGUGUGCUGGCCCGCAUGGUGGACACACUUGCCUGCAGACGUGUGGAGAUGCUGCUUGCUGAGACUUUGCAGAACAGUAUAGCUCAGCUGCCAGUGGAGGAGCUGGACAGGAUCCAAGAAUACCUCCAGACGAGUGGCCUAGCUCAGAGGCAUCAGAGGUUCUACUCCCUGCUGGACAGGUUUCGAGCCACUGUUGCUGAGGAAACCACAAGCCCUUCCCCUCCCAUUACCUCACACCCACUGGAUGGGGACCCACCCCCUCCCCCUGAGGAUGUUGUAGCAAGUAAGGAGUGGUAUGUUGCUCUGGUGAAAUCCCAGUGUUGUUUGAAAGGCGAAAGAGCCCUCUACGAAACCACAGACCUGCUCACUAAACUCCCCCAGGCUGAUCUGAAGGCCAUCAUGUCCUGCAAGGACUUUAACCUGUGUCUGUUAGCUCCAUGUUUGAGUGUUGGCCUGCAGAGGCUGUGCAGAGAUCAGGGGGCAGUUCUUUUUGAGACCUCCCUACAUGUGACAUUUGAGCAGUUGGCCAGCAUCACGGCGCUCCUUCCCUCCCCUCAUCAGCCCCUCUUGCUCUCCUCCCAAGCCAGCAUGGACUCCUCCUAUUGGAAUGCACUCAGCAGUGUGUAUGGAGAGCCUGGCUUCUAUCAGACUGUGGUGAGUGUUUGUGGGGCAUUGAGUCAGUAUCUACUGGCUUUGCCCAAACUGCCCUCUCCUCUGCAGAUCCCUCCUGCUGCAGAACACCUCAUCACCUCCUUCAGCACCCUUGCCAUAGAGCUUGUGGCAUGGCGGUUGCUGCAGGACCUGCUACCUCUUAGUGUGGAUGUGCAGAUCAGCGUUUCCUGCUUGUGUCUGGCUCUUCAGCAGCCCACAGUCUGGACACACUUUGCCUCUCGUGCCUACCUCACACACACCUGCUCCAUUAUCCACUGCAUUCAGCUGCUCAUUUACUCAGUUGCAGUCGGUCCUGGUGACCAGCUUGUCAGGCCUGAGAAGAAGUCACGCUCUGACCGUGACGAGGAUCAGGUGGACUCUGCACCAGACAAUGUACGUGAGCAGCAGUGUUGUGAGAUCAUGGCUGAGCUGGUGGAAAGCCUGCAGAGUGUUCUCGCUCUUGGGCACCACAGAAACAGCAAUAUCCCAGCAUUCCUUACCCCUACCCUUCGGAAUGUCAUAAUCAGCCUGGCUAGGCUGCCUCUGGUCAACAGCUACACACGGGUCCCACCACUGGUCUGGAAGCUGGGCUGGUCCCCCAGACAUGCUGGGGAGUUUGGGACAGCACUGCCUGAGAUUCCUGUUGAGUUUCUCCAGGAAAAAGACAUCUUCAGAGAAUUCCUUUACCGCAUUAACACUUUGGGUUGGAGCAGUAGGACUCAGUUUGAGGAGACAUGGGCCACUCUAUUAGGGGUGUUGGUCACCCAGCCAAUCACUAUGGACCAAGAAGAGGAGAGCCAGCAAGAGGAGGAUCUGGAGAGGACUCAGAUAAAUGUUUUAGCAGUACAGGCCAUCACCUCUCUGGUGCUGAGCGCCAUGACUCUGCCUGCAGCGGGGAACCCUGCGGUCAGCUGCCUGGAGCAGCAGCCACGCAACAAGAGCCUCAAAGCUCUUGACACCAGGUUUGGGCGAAAGCUGAGUGUGAUCAGAGGUGUGGUUGAGAGGGAGAUUCAGGCCAUGGUAUCCAAGAGAGACAAUAUAGCCACACACUUCCCUUACCAAGCCUGGGACCCAGUACCAUCGCUGUCAUCAUCUUCUGCAGGCACUCUGAUCAGCCAUGAGAAACUCCUCCUUCAGAUCAACACGGAGAGAGAAAUGGGCAACAUGGACUAUAAACUAGGCCAGGUGUCCAUUCACUCGGUGUGGUUGGGAAACAAUAUCACUCCUCUGAGGGAGGAAGAGUGGGGUGAGGAUGAGGAAGAUGAAACUGAUGCUCCAGCGCCUGCAUCGCCGCCAACAUCUCCUAUUAACUCCCGGAAGCACCGAGCUGGAGUAGACAUUCACUCCUGCUCCCAGUUCCUCCUGGAGCUCUAUAGCCAGUGGGUCCUCCCUGGCAGUCCCAGCAAUAGAAAAACGCCUGUAGUGCUCAUCAGUGAGGUGGUGCGUUCGCUGUUGGCGGUGUCUGAUCUGUUUACGGAGAGAAAUCAGUUUGAUAUGAUGUUUUCCACCCUGAUGGAGCUGCAGAAGGUCCAUCCACCAGAGGACGAGAUUCUCAACCAGUACCUUGUGCCUGCUAUUUGCAAAGCAGCCGCUGUGCUGGGCAUGGAUAAGGUGACGGCAGAGCCGGUGUGUCGGCUGCUGGAGAUGACACUGCGGAGCACUCAUUUACCCAGUCGAAUUGGAGCGUUGCAUGGAGUUCUGUACGUGCUGGAGUGUGACCUUCUGGAUGACACUGCACGCCAACUCAUACCCACCGUCAGCGAAUAUGUACUGUCUAAUCUUCGGGCCAUCGCCCACUGUGUGAACCUGCAUAAUCAGCAGCAUGUGUUGGUGAUGUGUGCUGUGGCGUUCUACAUGAUGGAGAACUACCCACUGGACGUGGGCUCAGAGUUCAAUGCAGGGGUCAUCCAGCUGUGCAGUGUAAUGCUCUCUGCUAGCGAGGAAGCCACUCCAUCAGUGAUCUAUCACUGCGCGCUGAGAGGUCUGGAGCGGUUGCUACUGUCCGAGCAGCUGUCACGGAUGGACGCAGAGACGCUGGUGAAGCUGAGCGUGGAUCGCGUAAACAUGCCUAGCCCGCACCGCGCCAUGGCCGCCCUGGGUCUCAUGCUCACCUGCAUGUACACAGGGAAGGAGAAAGGGAGUCCCGGUCGCCCGACUGAUGCAGAUCCCACAGCUCCCGACAGCGAGUCGGUUAUCGUUGCCAUGGAGCGUGUCUCGGUUCUCUUUGACAGGAUCCGAAAAGGUUUUCCUUGUGAAGCAAGGGUGGUGUCUCGCAUCCUGCCACAGUUCCUGGAUGACUUUUUCCCGCCGCAGGACAUCAUGAACAAAGUCAUCGGAGAGUUCCUGUCCAAUCAACAGCCUUACCCACAGUUCAUGGCAACAGUGGUUUAUAAGGUGUUUCAGACACUCCAUGCCACAGGCCAGUCCUCCAUGGUGCGAGACUGGGUGCUUCUCUCCCUUUCCAACUUCACACAGAGAACACCUGUUGCCAUGGCAAUGUGGAGUCUGUCCUGCUUCUUUGUCAGUGCCUCCACUAGUCAGUGGAUCUCUGCCCUCCUGCCUCAUGUGAUCAGUCGCAUGGGCAAGUCAGACACUGUGGACGUUAGCCUGUUCUGUCUGGUUGCCAUGGACUUCUACCGACAUCAGAUUGACGAGGAGUUGGAUCGCAGGUCCUUCCAGUCUGUUUUUGAGAUGGUGGCAUCACCCGGUAGCCCUUAUCAUCAGCUACUGUGCUGUCUGCAGAGCAUCCACCAGGACACCUCGCUCUGAGACAAGCCAGAAUAAUUAUACCAAGAUGUGAGAUGGACCGUAACGCUAUACUAGCUUAAAUCUGAACGAGAUACACCAUAAUAAUUCAGCCACGGUGAUCACUUUGAGCUAUAUUGCUUUUAGACUGACCAUAAUAAAGAGCACUUUAGACUGACCAUAAUACAGUCUAUAGUGCUCUAAAAGGCCCUAUUAUAAGAUAUGGCCUCAUACCAGGAGCUGAAUGGGGACCUAGGCAGUCUGCUGUGAUGUUGACCAAUGGAAUUUCAAUCAGUUUGAAGUUAUUGUAUCCUUAAGAUGCUAGAUAGUCCCUUAAUGCUUUUGGGGGGGGGGGGAUGGAAUGGUCGAUCUUUAGGUGUUAUCGAGGCAUAUCGCUUCUAUAGAUGCAGAGGAUGAGUCUUGCCUUCACUCUGUUCAGAGCUGACUCUCAGACUCAGCAUCUGUAAGGAAAUCGACAAUGGAGCGCAACUGGUCUGACCUGAAACGGUUAGAUGGAACGUCACAUAGCUGAUAUGGGUUAAAACAGCAGGUCAUUCAGGCUGGCAAGCGAGUCAUUUUACAUGGUGAUCAGAAACAUCGCACUGCUCACAGCCUCUUUUGUAUCAGUAGACAUUCAGGAUCCGUUUUUUUCCAGCCUUGCAACUUUUUUGCGACUCUUUUUAGCGUCGUCACUCGCUUAACUAUCCCACAACAGCAUCAACACGUAGAUGGGCUGCCCAGUCAGACGUCGCCGUAUCAACACGUAAUGGUAAACAUAUUUCAGGAAAGUUCACUAUUUAAGAUGUUUACUGUUCAGCUUGGAUCUAGCGCACCCAAGUUGGAUGCAUCCUAUAUGAUUGUGGUUCUCAACCUCACCCCACCAUUUAAGCCCUUUCCCACCCUAGAAGCAGUUAGAAAAUAUAUUUUUUUCCCUUCUUGCUCUUAAAUCAUUCCUUUUGCACAAACAAUGCAUCAGUUUGCCCUUUCUGACUUUUAGCACUUGGAGAAAAUCACCUUAAUUGCAAACUGACUAUGUAUCUCUCCCUGACGCGAGGGAGCUGCUUAAGCCAUGUUGAAACGAGAAGAUGAAAUUAUUUCCAUGUAUUUAAAACAUAAAAUGUGCUAGAUGACUUUGUUUUUUGGUGCAGGUAAUAGAAUGGGCUGGUGUGAAGUUUACUAUUCUCCCAGGUCCAGCUGACUUUAAUUUUAAUGUUUUUUAAAAAUGAAAAUAAGAUACUUGCUUCUCAUUUAUAAGCCCUCUAGGAAAGGCUUUGAAAUAGCCAUAGUGCUUGAUGUUGUUGUUUUUGUUUUUUUUAAAAGAUUGUUUAUUCACAGCACAUAAAAAAAUCAGUACUUUAAGGCAGCAUCUGAAACUGCUGCACAUGAAUUUACAUUGGUUUAAUGUAAUCUAGUUACACCAUCAUUGUUAGUUCGCUUUGAUUUUUUUUAAUGCUCAGGAUGUAACGUGAUUUAUUGAUGUAGAGUCACAACUGGAAGUCUGUCUUUUAUGUCCAGUGUCGAAAUCAUGUAAAAUUUAUGUAAAAAGAGAAGAAAUAUUUGUGUUCAACUUCUAAAGCUCUGUGGUGCAUGAGGAUAGCCACCAAAAGAAAAGAUGGCAUGAAGAUCACAGUUGCUGAAUGUGUGCAAACUACUACCCGCCGUGAAGACGUGUGCCCAAGUAUCAGAGACACGGUCGAAUUACUGAAUUUGACAAACUGACAGCUAUUCACUCUUUAAAGGCCUGGAAUGAACGAUCACGUUAUAUUUGCUUUGACUGCAUAGACAUCACUUCACUGUAAAUAGAAGCCUACAUAAGUCAACAACCUGGCAACAUCUUGUGUAUUUAAGCCUGCAGCAUGCCGUCGUCUGCUUUCAAUAUUAAAUCGGUAUUUUCACGUGAUGUCAAACAUACAGUGGAUGGGGGCCGCUUUGUUGUGGUCGGCUUAAGUAUAGUGACCACUGAGAAACGUGGAAGGAAUCGGGCAGGUUGUCUUUAGGUGCCCCGGCAUGCUUAUCGGCUCUAAUAUGGCAACGGAGUUUGUCGGUCUUGUUGCAUUACAGUCAUAGCUUUAGGUAUGUUAAAUAUGAACUAAUAUCCAGUGCUGUCCGCGAUGUUUUAGUGGUAUAGAGAGGCAGAGAAAUCCAGCCUUUGACAUUCUCACAGCUGAAGUGUACCCUUGUAUAGACACACUCGGUCAAUCUUUCUUCAUGCACACAGAGGUUUCUCAAUUGUAAAAGCGUUCUUUUGGCGUCCGGGUGCUCCAAAUUCUGCAUUUACACAAUAAACUUUUAACUCCUGUGUUGUUUGGUAGAUACUUUUAAGAUGCGAAAGCUUACGGGACUGCAAAAAAACCCCGAGUGGAAGCUGGAAUGACUCCCAACGCUGUAGGUGUUGAAAUCAGCCACUCCUAAAACUUCAUAGCCUGUUUCAAGAAUUAGUGGGCUGCUUUGAUGGGUUUCGCACAUCCCAGGUUUGGAUGACACCCCCUCAUUCCUGUGCUCGAGCCCUGAGAAUACAGGAUGCGCUUUCUUUUAUUUUCCCUCGUUUUCUCUUCCAAUUCUCCAGCCCCCCCCCCUCCCUGCGUCCUUCCUUCAGUCAUGAUCUGAAGGUCCAUUUAACUCAUUGUAAUUGAGGCAUAGAUCAAUCAGUAUGCGGGGACAGUAGAUGGACUUUCUGCCCCGCCAGUGCUCGUCGGGUAGGGAAGGUUGGCGGGUGUGUGAGUGAGUGUACUCGGUUCAGAGCAGCGGUGUUGGGAGGCUGUGAUAGUCCUGCACUGGAGCCUCCUGAACACCUGCCGUUUCUGCUUUAAGUAUUUCAGCGCUCUUCUGCAGGCUUGAUGCCGUCGAAUGAAGACAAAGUCGUUGUAUUUAAUGUAAUGGCUUAUUUUAAUAUAAAAUUACUGGAAAGAUUAUAAUGUAGUAAUAAAAUGAAGAAUAAAAUGUUUAAAAAAGUU